CCUUCGUGCUCACCAUCAUCAGAAUUGCCAAGACAGGUCGACGACUCCCAGCUGCAUCGGCAAUCCGCUGCGCGACGGGCGCAGCAUGGCCGGUCGAAAAUGUCCCCUGUGCGGCUCGCAUUCGGUGCAAUUCGUUCGUGAUGUCUAUGACGAUGUGUGCUCAGCAUGCGGGACGCUCAUGGGCGAUGUUCGUGGUCGCCAUGCUGUUGGCCCGGAUGCAGACGAGGGACCCACAGAGGAGGAUCUAGCGGAGCUGAUGGAUCUAGAGCGGGCUUUCCCAGCUCGAGGCUCGUCUUUCGUUCGGCCUGGAGAGGCAAGCCUACGUAGAGGUCCCUAUCAGAUUCCGCGCUUUGGCGCGGCGCCAACAUAUCUUCCGGGUCAGGGAUUUAACGAACAACAUCGUCGAAAUAUCACGGAAAAGCGGAUCGACGACCUGGUCACCGAGAUAUUGAAUCGCCUGAGGGCAUUCAGUUGCUUUGAAAAGGUCAAGCGCCUUUUCCUGCAGGCGCAUACUAUCCUGAAGGAUGAGGCCAAGAGGGGAACGGAUGGAAAAAAGCAACAGAAGCUCAGCGGUCGGAGUGAGGCUCUUAGUGGUUGGCAAAAUGUCCGCCUCGACAUCUUUGCCAAGACGCUCGUCAUGGCCUGCAUUUUUGCCAUUCUCAAGCCUAUCCGGCCCGAUCUGACCGUCGAGCAGAUUUCAGCCCUGUCUGGCACCGGUCCGGAAGGAUUCGUCAACGUCAAGCAGAUCCAGCUCUAUUUGCAACGCCUCGAGUCUCUUCUCGAAGGCACGCUUCUUCCCGAAGUUAGCCAUGACAGCCCAGCCAUCUAUCUCAAGCAGCAUUUCGCCUUUUUGCGGCGCCAGAUGAGCCUUCGUGUGGCGACACCCGGCUAUGGCCUAACUUCACCGUAUGCUCGUCGUAAGCCUCGCUUUGAAGACGGCAAAAUGGAGGAGGAAGAGUCGGUCAUGAGUGCCAAGGAUCACCAAUUUCUGGCUAUGGCAAAUAUCGAACGUGCUCAGGAGCUUGCAAGUGCCCUUUCCUUGCUGUGUGAGCGAGAAGGCCUGACAAAUCGCGCGUCAACCCUGACGCCUAUCCGCGAUCUCAGCGUCUGCGCAUGGGCCAUUAUCGUGCUUUCCCUCGAAGCGUCGACGAAAGGCAUCGUAGGGCGCCCUCAUCACCAACUUGCAAGCGUCGUGAUCUAUCUUGGCGGCUGGAGCCUGGGCGCGAAAGGCAAAGGGAUGACAAAGGCCGAGCUUGGACUGGUCACCGAAGGCGAGGAAUACCGUGAUGAGGAAGUUGCCGCUCUCGUUAUCGAUCAGGACCAUGAGGAUGGCGAGAUCAAUCAGAUCGACGACCUUGGAAUCCCCGUGAGCCAGGCAGACAAGAUCCGAAGUGCCGUACGCCUCAACCUCACGAAGAUGGUUCAGAGACGGAGCAAGCAAAUCAACCGCAUGAUAACUACGCUCGCCGCACAUCUGCCAUGGCUCUCUUCUAUUGUCAAUCUUGAAAAGAAAUUGCCAAAGGUCAAGCGGGCGGCUACGGAUGAUGAGGUGGUGAGGCACCACUUGAAGGGGGAUCAGGUAUCCUUGGCUGCAUUGCCCACCGCAGAAUUGUCGAGGUGCCUACCCGAUGUCGUUCUAUUCGUCGAUUUGCUCCGUCAGAGGGGAGCUUGGCAGCAAGAGCAGCCAGGACAACGAAAGGCACAAGACCAUCCUCACUCGAUCGCAGGAGCUCUCGACCAACAGUCCUUGCUUCGAGCUGACUUGCUGGACAUCAUCAGGACACCAGUCGCACUCGGCGAGUCUCAGUCUCAGAUGGCACCGAAUGAUCUGCAAGCGCGAGAUAUGGCCUCGGAGAAGCCGAUUCAUGCCCGCUGGAUUUCGCUUUUUGGGACAGUCCAGGAUCAAAGCGCGUCGCAGAUGAGGAAAUGGAGGAGCCGCCUGGAUGCGGGAGUUCUGUCCCGUUCGGUGCUGGAGCAAGAGACGAAAAUCCAAGAUGACUUAACAUGGAGAAUACAUGACCGAGCGGAGCCCAUGUCAAAAUGGGGUAAUGACCGCGAAGACAGCCCUGAUGACUAUCAUCCUGUGAAAGUCUACGAGGCAGUCACCUCGUGUCUAUUCGAUGAAGCGGGAGCAGAAAGGAAGAGUGGCGAUGACGCAGUCGAGAAAGCAAGCCCACUCGCCCAGCGACUUUGCAACUCUCAUUUCCUGCGAACCGAAGGCGCCCUCGAAAAUAUGCUGGAUUCCGUCGUCGACUCUGUCUUGUUUCAACCGGACGAAAUGGACUCUUAUCUUCGUGGAGUGAGGGAAGGAGAGGCGGAGGAGGUGCAAAUGGUCCGCAAUCUUCGAUGGGAUGAAUGGCUUGAGGGAGAGAAGCUUUGCGAAGAAAUGGAGAAACGAAAGGAGAGAGAGACGAAGAGAAAUAAGCGCGGAGAACCUGGAGGGGUCGUUCGUACUACCAAAUUAACGAAGGGGGAACUAGCGAGGAGAAGGUUGACGGAGAUGCUCGAGGCGGAGGAUGACAAAGAAGCUGCCGUCGGUACGGAAAGAUAUAUCUCGCAAAGCAAUAAGCGCCAGAAAACCCCGUCGACAAACCAACGGAAGCUAAGGAAGAGAUAUUGACGUAGAGCAGACUGUUACAACGAAGGACAAUGAGACAAACUGUAUACUGGUGCAUCAACAGGCAACAUCUGUAAUCUUACCGGCGCAUCAUCAUACUUAGGCAUUG